UUUGCCAUGGGGUCUCUGUUCCCCCUCUCGCUGCUGGUCUUGCUGGCAGCCGCCUACCCGGAAGGUGGGAGCGCGCGGAGGCGGCGGGCUGCGCGGACGCAAGGCCCCGGGGGCAGCUCUCCGGCGCCCUUCUGGGUACGCAUAAGCCCCGAGUUCGCGGCCGUGCGCCCCGGGAGCUCGGUGUGGCUCAACUGCAGCAGCAGCUGCCCCCUGCCGGAUGGUUCCAGCCUGCGCACCCAGCUGCGGCGGGGCCAGACGCUCAAUGGGACAGGCUGGGUGUCCUACCAGCUGCUGGACGUGAGGGCCUGGAGCUCCGACGUGCUCUGCCUCGUCACCUGCGCAGGAGAGACGCGGAGGGCCACAGCCAGGAUUAACGCCUAUAAAGAGCCGGGCAGCGUGAUCCUGGAGCCUCCGGUCCUCGUGGGCAGCGAGUACACUCUGCGCUGCCACGUGACACACGUGUUCCCCGUGGGCUUCCUGGUGGUGACUCUGAGGCGCGGCGGCCAGGUCAUCUACUCCGAGAGCCUGGAGCGCUUCAAGGGCUUGGGUCUGGCCAAUGUGACGCUGACUCACGCGUUUCGAGCCAGGCCCCACGACCUCUGGCAGCCCGUGACGUGCCACGCGCGCCUCAAUCUCGACGGCCUAGUGGUCCGAAGCAGCUCGGCACCCAUUACGCUGCCAGUUCGCGCUUGGAGCCUCACGUCCACAGCCUUGGCCUCCACGUCCAUCGCAGCCCUUGUGGGGGUCCUUCUCGUCGUGGGGGUCGCCUACCUGCGAAAGUGCCAAUCGAUGCAGUCCCGGGAGUAGAGGGGGUCGUCCAGGCCGGCUGGGGAAAAAAGAAUCUGAAACAAUUUGGGGAACCCUGCUUGGAUCAAUAA